GGCGUGAGGUCUGCCAUGCCGGGUCAGGCACUUUGCUGGCCGGGGUGCUUGGGAACAGACCAACAGACCGCUUUUUGGCUCCUCUCCACCAGAGUGGCCAGGAGCAAUGCGAUGGUGCAAUUGAUGGCGCCGACGUUGAUCUUGUAGAAUCUGGGGAAUGUUCGAGACGUAUCAAAGUCACGGACCGGCGCAAAGACGGCCACUCAAAGCGUCGUCAGGCCCGAGAUCAGCGGAGCUUCCACGGCAAAGAUCCGCUGGGGCACGAAGUCUUUUCGCGACAGUCGCUGCAUGGGCCGCACGCCUAUCUGUGCGGGGCCCUGAGCCAGCGAAUAACGCGUGGCGACAAGCGUGCUAUGACAAAAGUUGCGGCGAUUGCUGGCCUCGACGGGCUCAUGGACACUCUAUGCAGGUCCGGUUUAUUCGCUUAGCUGGCAGAAUUGUUGGGGUUCCGCCUCUCCUGUCAUCCGAGCCCUGUAUUAAAGUGCAUGCUGCCCGUUUGCUCUUCUCCCGCUAUCCUCUCUUGCUCCUUCCCUCCCCCUCUCGCCUUAGUCACACAGUGACGUGGUAUUCCAUUCUUUGCUGGAGCUUUGACAGUCGCGCGAAGACUGGUGCUUAGUUUUGCUGAGCCACUGGUGUCUCCUUCGCCAACCCUCGCUUCUUCCUCGACACCUCAUCGCCACCUCACCAUGCCUUCCCACCAGGCCGUCUCUGGCGAUCUCGCCAUUGACCCCAAGUUUGUGUCGCAGCCCUCUCCCAUGGCUAGCACCUCGGAGCCCAACCGCGACCCCAAGUACGACCCUAAGAAGCCACACAUCGCCGACACGCCCCUCACAAGGGCCAACUGGCACCAGCACGUCAACUGGUUCAAUGUACGUCU